AGCACCUUCUGCUCUACGCUAGACGGGUUGCUGGGCAUUUUUUUUUUUCAACUCCAUCAUUUUUCUUAGCAACUUUCGAAGAGCCAUGCUGCGUAAAACUGCGCAGGCCGGCGCACCCUUCAAGAGCGUCCUGCGCCGCCACAAGUUUCACCCCGAGGGCCUCCCGCUCUAUAAUGAUCUGUCGAAGCAGUGGCUGUGCCGUGAGGGCGAACGGUGGUGGUUGCUCGACGCGCGUGGGGAGCAGCUGCCGCACGUGGCGAAGAUCGCCGCGCAGUACAUCACAGGUCAGCAUCGGGCCGAUUUCACACCGGGAAUGAUUACCGGCGACCACGUAGUCAUCACAAACAUCAAAGAUGCGGUCAUGACGGGCGACAACUGGAUUCGCGUGCCGAUUACGUGGCAGACGGCCUACCCCGGCGGCACUUACCGCGUCCGACUUUCCGAGAUGUACGAGCGCGACCCGUGCAUGGUGAUGUGGUGGUAUUUAAAAGACGAAGUGAACCGCCACUUCGUGCGGAAGCUCAAGACGCGCACGGCGCCGUUAGAAAAAGCGUGGCUGUACGAGGGCAGCGUGCACCCGCACGGCGACAAGAGUCCACGCCCGUUGGUGUGGGUGGAUGCGCAGAGGGCUGGUUGGAAGUACAAGGACCGCAUGUUCCAGCGCCGCUGGUCGCCCAACCAGUUUAUGAUGUAG